AACCAAUCUCCUUAUGGAUCUCCCGCUCCGUCCUAUUCUGCACAACAGCAUGCACCUCAACCUGCCUACCAGCAGCAGAAUACCGUCAUUCCUCCAGUCUCUUAUGCUGGUGGUAGCUAUCCCCUUGCAGCUGUCCCACCUGGAUCAGUCACGAGGGGUAUCCUCGCCCGUCGACCUGUAUCACAGGCCAAGUGGACGACCUAUGAGAGCCGAGUGAAGACCGGGGUGACAACCUUGAUUCAACCCAUCAACAUCACUGGAGGCCCCAACCCGGCCUUUUCUCAAAUGCCAAGUACCGGUGGCGGUGCGAGUACACCGGUAGCUUCGGAAGGCAGACGACGGACGACACGAGUGAACUAUGCCGAGGAUGAAGCGUACGAGGGGUUGGAGGAUGAUGAUGGCGGGGAUGCGGGUGGGACCAGGUAUAGCCGCAGAAUGGCUCAACAAUCGAGAAGAGCAGACAACGCCUCCAAUGGGGACAUUCAAGCUGGAUGGUCAUGGCUUGGCGACCGGGCACCAUCAGAUAGGGUGGUUUCGAAGCAAGCUCAGCCCAUGGUUCUGUCUUGCGCUGGUGAAGAUGAACUGGAUCGGGAAGCCUACAAGCCUGUGCUUCUAGCACCAAUACGGAUCGAGUUGGACACCGAUACACAUAGAAUACGAGAUUACUUUACGUGGAAUGUCAACGAGCGCCUCAUCACCCCUUACGAAUUUGCCAUGGUUCUCUGUCGAGACUUGAACAUCAACGGCUCACAAUAUGCCGAUCCCAUCGCUACGAUGAUCGUGGGACAAUGCGAGGAAUACGCCGAGCUCUUGAACAUUGACAUCCUGGAUGAUGCGGAUAUCGAAAACAACCCGGUAGAAGAAGGAGAGGAGGCCGAUGGUACCGCUGAGAAACAUGUCGGAAACGGUCUGCGGAGCAGAGGCACGAGCGCAGGGGCCAGAAAGCGAAGCGGUGCGGGCUUCGACCUCGACCGUGUGCAUAAGCGGGUCAGGUUCAAUCGACCUGGAGAUGUCGAUGUCGUCAAGGACGCCAACGGCGAGAUCAAGGAAGCGGGAGCGGCACCGAAGGAGAGCGAGGCCGAGGAGAGCGAUUGCAGGGUGAUCGUAAACCUCGAUGUACAGAUAUCAACCUUCAAUCUUCGAGACCGAAUCGAGUGGGACCUCUCGUCUACCAUGACCCCAGAAGCUUUCACCGCAUCCUACUGCACCGAGCUCGGUCUGACAGGCGAAGCGAAACCCAUCAUCGCCCACGCCAUCCACGAAGAGAUCCUCAAACACAAAAAGGACGCGUACGAAUCCGGUCUCUAUGGUCCCGGUGCGGUCCAGUAUGAUUCGAGAGAUGACGCGCCAAAGAGACUGAGGGGCGUCUGGAGGGAUUAUUGGGAUCGGGACGAGUUUGGCCCGGUGAUGAUCCCGCUGACGGCCGAGAUGAUGCAGGCUUCAGAGGAAGGCAGGAGUCGAGAAGCCAGGUCAGUGGAUAUUGUCGACGAGUCUUUGUGUCAAUAG